AGGGAACGUGUACUCUAUCAUGAAGGAUGGCACACAAAGGAAAACACAUUACACGGACAGAGUGACCAAAGCCUCACUUCAUGGAUAUAGCGGUCUUCAACGGCCUCCUCUACGAUGUUGAUAGAACUAACAGGAACAUCCUCGUGAUCCCUGAAAAUGACAAUCAUACCCAUACAGCUACACUUUCUUCUGGAUCAUUCAACCAGAUAACAGGGAUCCACGUCUUCUCUCCAAAUUCAAUAGAGACAGGAUGUGCUAUUGGACGAUAUGGCGUCAGCUGUACAGGUGUGUGUGGUCACUGUACAUCGGGUGGGAAUUUUCUGUGUGAGAAGACCACGGGAUCCUGCUUGGUCGGGUGUGACGCAGGGGUAUUCUGGGAACUUCUGCAAUGAAGGCUGCUCAAAGGGACUGUAUGGAAGUAGCUGCCAGUACAGGUGUGGCAACUGUAAGUCUAAUGAGUCAUGUUCCUCCAGUACAGGUGCGUGCCCUGCUGGGUGCAGUGCGGGAUGGAGAGGUGCAACAUGCAAGCGGAGGUGCCCACAAGGCACCUAUGGGGAAGGAUGUGGCAGGCAGUGUGGCUACUGUCUAAAUGGAGACGAAUGUGACACUGUGAGCGGCGCAUGUCCUGCUGGAUGCCAGCCAGAAUUUAGCGGCAAGGAAUGCCAGCAGAGAGCAGCUGCUAUAAAGGACUCGGCAAGCAGCUUCAAGACAGGCUCUGUGGCUAUUUAUGCUGUCAUCAUCGUUGCUGUAUCCAAGAUCUUCUAGCAGUCUUUGAUUCGACUCAUGCAGACAAUGAUCUUCCCAGAUAUAUCCUGCAUCAAUGUCUUAAUGUAUUGUUUCAAGCUAAGCUGUCUGCUUUUUACUAAUAAGUGAGUGACCUACGCGGUAUUCUAAAGUCGCCUUCUGUUAUUAUUCUGUAAUAUUACAACGACGCACUCCAGGAAGGGCUUGACCCUUUAUGUCCAUGUGGGGACAUAUACAUGGGUCAGAAGCGCGAAAGGCUCUAGUGGCUACGGGUCAACUUCUGCCUCUUCUUUUGUUGUUUAACGCCGUUUUCCAACCAUACCACAGAUGAUUUGGUUGAUGUUUAACGCCGUACUCAGCAAUUAUCCAGCUAUAUGGCGGCGGUCUGUAAAUAAUCGAGUCUGGACCAGACAAUCCAGUGAUCAACAUCAUGAGCAUCGAUCUACGCAAUUGGGAUAAAAUGACAUUUGUCAACCAAGUCAGCGAGCCUGACCACCCGAUCCAAUUAGUCGUCUCUCACGACAAGCAUGAGUUGUUGGAGACCAAUUCUAUUCCGGAUCGUCACCUAUAGGUUACGGUUCAAAAGCCAUCCUAAUUAUGUAAUAAUGUUAGUUAACACUCUUGCUUAUGGCGUUUAACAUGUUUUUUCCCUAUUCAGAUAGAUGUUAUAUAUAUUGUGAUUUAAUAAUGUCUAAACUGCGUUUAGUGUAAAGGCAUACCAGUAACUGGAAAGGGAUUGCACGUAAACACGUAAAAACUGUCGUGUUACUCUGUUUAGACGUUUCCUCAUUUAUGUCUGGGUUGAAUAAAAUUGAAAAGAAUAAGAUUAGUAUACAAUGUAUAUGAUAUGUUGAAAACUAUAUAAAAACUACUGUUCUCAUGCCUUAAUCACAUAGCCAUAUAUGUUAUAUUAACCAGAGCGUGACAAAUAUGACAGAUAUCAUCUGCAUACAUAUAUCAAUUAGGCAGUAUAUGUAAUUAUAGUUCUACGGAUAUAUUUGCGCCUAUGGGUUCCUUUCAGCAGCACAAUCUCUGACAUUCAGACUGAUUACGUUGCAACUUCUGUCCUGUUGAUUUCGCAGGUCAUUGUGUGAGUUGGGAACUAGGUAAAAGGUCAAUUCCAGAGCAUAUCACUUUGAGUCACAGGUACAUCGUGAGAUUUCAUGAUGUUCUUUAAAUAUGACCAUGAUCGACCGCUUUUGAACUUACAAAAGUGGAAUGAGGUUAUUCAGUUGUUGUUUGCAGCUAGUUACGUUUCCUUCAGUUCGUCUUUGGUCAAUCGGUCAAAGCCAUUUACAUGGUUACGAGGUUUUUCUCAGAUUGAAUAACACUGUCGGCUGGAGUCGACUUACUGGCUAAGGCAAAUAAGGCCUCCUUUCACAAAGCACAAAGGUGAUCGUAAGUCACUAAGGUAACAUUAGUGCAAUGUUAAAGAAUGGGAGUGAAGGUUAACCUUAGUAAACGUUGCUUCGUGAAAGGACCCCCUGGGCGUGACAAGAAACAAGAAAUUUGUUGGUUACAUGUGAUAGUUGAAGAUAUCUAUGUUACAAUGUGAAACAUAUUUACAAAGAGAAAAAUAUUUUCUUUGAAAGACGAAAGGAAUGUAUAACCACAGAUGACAAAAUGUAUCCAAACAGUGAAAGCGUUUUCCGAUUGUAUGCACAGGUACUGAUUUCUGUAUGCAUCAAAUACGUGUACGUGCAUUUUGAAUAAUAAAGUUCAGUUCAUAAACAGUAAA